UUCCCUCCCUCAGUUCAGUCAAUCAGUCCGUCAGUGCUUGAGAGUCGUGUGUUGUUCGUUGGCGGCGGCGGCGGCGCAGGACGGGACGGUCUGCUCUGGCCGGUUGGUCGGUCGGUGUUGGAUGGAGGGUCCCGUCCGCCUCGCCUGCUCUCUCUGGAAUGUACUGGGGGGCGGCUGCCGAGUGGGAGCGAGGGCUCUAUGGGCGCAGGCAGCGCCGCUGCUGCCGCUGAGGAGAGGCUCUUCAGUGAUUCUCAUUAAUCUGAAGCUCUUUGCCACAACACUUUCUAACUUGGCACUAUGCAUCCUGAUCCUGGACCUUUACAAGAACUACUUUUUCUUAUAGUUACCAUUUGCUUCUCAACUACAGCUUCAGACUUGAUUCCUCACUUUGUUUCUGAGCCACUUUCUACCAUCCAGAAACCUGGUGCAACUGUAAAGCUUCAUUGUACUGCUGAGCCCUCUACAGCUCAUGUAGCUUGGCUAUUCAAUGGAGAGAAAUUACACAAGAAAGUGGAGCAAGUAGACUCACAGCCAGGAUACCUUACAAUCUUCUCCCUUAGCCCUUCAAAUUCUGGUGUAUAUCAAUGCAUAGUCAAUAACAGCAUUGGUGCAAUUAUCAGCAGGCCUGCAACAGUAUCUAUUGCCUAUCUUGAUGAUUUUGAGACCUCAGUGAGGAACACAAUUGUUGCGGAAGAAGGGAAUACUGCUUUAAUCAGUUGCAAGCCACCAAAAAGUAGUCCAGAGGCACAUAUUCGUUUCCGUGUACGAGGGAAAUGGCUGGAACAAUCAACAGAAAACUACCUAAUUCUCCCAUCUGGAAAUCUGCAAAUUUUGAAUGUAUCUUCAGAUGACAAAGGAUUCUAUAAGUGUGCAGCAUAUAACCCAGUCACUGAUGAUCUUAAACAUGAACCCAGUGGACAUAAGCUCAUAAUCAGCAGCUCUUCCUCAGACAACUUUCACAUUGUUCAUCCCACCACUUCUCAGACUUUGGCAGUACCUCAGCACAAUCCUUUGAUGUUGGAAUGUGUUGUUAGUGGGCUGUCUGUUUCUUAUGUCCAUUGGUAUAAGGAUGACCAAGAUGUACUCACUAAAGGCAGGUGGAGAAUGCUUCACUCUCAUCUUAUGAUAGACUCGAUUAAUACGUCAGAUGCUGGAAAUUACUCCUGUGUGGUGGAUAACAAGUCCGGAGUUGUGAAACAUGUAAACUACAGUAUAAAUGUACUUGAAUCGCCAUCAAUUUCAAAAGGAUUGCAAGAUCAGUUAGUGUCCCUGGGUAAAAAUAUACAUCUUUCCUGUGAAAUACAUGGAAACCCGACACCUAACCUCACCUGGUACCAUAAUGCAGCUCCUGUCCAUCUUUCUUCACGGCACUUUCCUUCAGGAAACAAGCUGAGAAUUAAUGGUUUCACCAGAGAAGAUUCAGGGUUGUAUCAGUGUUUAGUCAACAAUGGCAUUGGAUUUGUGCAGUCUACUGGGAGACUUCAUUCCCAAGGAGACAGAGGCUUCAAGCCAACUAUAACCUCGCUGCCAGCAAACAGCAGAGUAGCAGAAGGUGACACAGUCACGCUGUCCUGCAAUGCCACUGGGUUGCCUCCGCCUGUAAUCCGUUGGUACAACAGUCAUGGGCUGAUUACCAGCCAUCCUUCACAGGUGCUUUAUUCAAAAUCACGGAAGUCAUCCUCCCAAGCAAGAACUGGCAACUCCAUUUCAGACAGAACCUACUUCAUCAUGUCUCGCAGUGGAUCAAGCUCCUUAUAUGUUCAGCCUGUUACAUCAGAGCAUGCUGGGAAAUAUACCUGUGAAGCAAUUAACGAAUAUGGGACUGCUCGUUCCGAAGCUUUCCUUACCGUUGAUUCCUACGAAGCUAGUACAAAAGCAGAAGAAAUUGCUCCUGUGGAAAUUGCCCAGAGCGAUGAAGGAGAUGGAGAUUAUGAUUCCGAUACCGGCCUUCAAAGUUCAUCUCCAACAGAGAUUCUUACUGAAGAAGUUGCUACAGAAAAAACAUCCAGUGGCAUUUCUCCACCAGAAGCUCCAAUCAUUCUCAGUCCUCCACAGACUCUUAAACCAGAUCAGUACAAUCUUGUAUGGCGCCCUGGAAAAGAUGGUGGUCAGCCAAUUAAUGCCUAUUUUGUGAAAUAUCGCAAGUUGGAUGAUAAUCUCAAUGUUACCAACUGGAAUACAGUUCGUGUCCCUGGAAGCGAAAAUGAACUUUCUCUCUCAGAACUGGAACCUUCCAGUCUCUAUGAAGUCUUGAUGGUAGCCAGAAAUGUGGCUGGUGAAGGCCAGCCUUCCAUGCUUACUUUCCGUACUAGCAAAGAAAGAACCUCCUCCUCAAAAAAUACUCAGGCUCCCUCUCAACCAGUUGGUAUUCCUAAGCACUCUGUCAUUCAAGAAGGGGCAACCAACAAUUUUGGAGUGGUCCUUCCAGAUUCAUCUCGACAUAGUGGAGUACCUGAGGCACCAGAUCGACCUACUAUUUCCACGGCAUCAGAGACUUCUGUUUAUGUCACUUGGAUCCCACGUGCCAAUGGUGGAUCACCCAUCACUGCCUUUAAAGUAGAAUAUAAACGCAUGAACAGGAACAGUGAGUGGCUGGUUGCAGCUGAUAACAUCUCCCCUUCCAAACUUUCAGUGGAAGUUGGCAGUUUGGAUCCAGGAGCUGCAUAUAAGUUUCGUGUGAUUGCUAUUAAUAACUACGGGGAGAGCCCACGAAGUUCUGCCUCUCGGCCUUAUCAGGUAGCUGGCUUUACCAAUCGGUUUUCCAACCGACCCGUCACAGGACCACACAUUGCUUACACUGAGGCGGUCAGCGACACUCAGAUCAUGUUAAAGUGGACUUAUAUCACUUCAAGCAACAACAACACACCCAUCCAAGGAUUUUAUAUUUAUUACCGGCCAACAGAUAGUGACAAUGAUAGUGAUUACAAGAGGGAUGUUGUGGAAGGCACAAAGCAGUGGCACUUGAUAAGUCACCUGCAACCUGAAACAUCUUAUGAUAUUAAAAUGCAGUGCUACAAUGAAGGAGGUGAAAGUGACUACAGCAAUGUGAUGAUCUGUGAGACCAAAGUGAAGCGCACACCUGGAGCAUCAGAAUACCCAGUGAAGGACCUUAGCACACCACCAAAUUCUCCUGAUCGUGGAGUUGGGAGUAAUGCUGGUCAACCAAAUGGUCCCGUCCGAAGUAGUGACAUGUUAUACCUGAUUGUGGGCUGUGUCCUUGGAGUGAUGGUGCUUAUUCUGAUAGCCUUCAUUGCUAUGUGCUUGUGGAAGAAUCGCCAGCAAAUUGCCAUGCAGAAGUAUGACCCUCCUGGUUACCUUUACCAACGUGCUGAUAUCAAUGGGCAAAUGGUUGAGUACACAACAUUACCAGGCACAAGUCGUAUCAAUGGCAGCAUACAUGGAAACUUUAUCAGUAAUGGAAACCAUAAUAAUGGUUGCCUUCACCUCCAUCACAAGGUUCCUAAUGGAACGAAUGGAAUCAUGAAUGGUGCUGUAAAUGGAGGAACUGUUGUUUAUCCAAGGCACACUAAUUCCCUGUCCAGAGCGCACAUGGAAUAUGAACACACCCACCACCUCGGAAAUGGUGGUGGUGUAUACACAGCUAUGCCUCAGACAGACCCUUCAGAAUGCGCGAACUGCCGGAACUGUCGGAACAAUAACAGGUGCUUCACUAAAACCAGUGGCACUUUUGGAAGCAACCCUGCAGCUGUGAUGCCCAUCGUAGCACCUUAUCAGCAGGACAGUUUAGAAAUGAAACCGUUGAAUCAUAUGAUGGUUGCGAUGUGCUUAGCGUCCACAACCCCCGGAUGCAAUGCCGAGGCAGAGGAAGACGGCAAGGAGAAAGUGGAUCCCCCAUCUCUUCGGGACUCCUGUGACCAAGAAAAUGUGAAUCCACUCAGUACAGAUUGUAUAGAAGAUCACAGUGCACAUUUGGAAACAUCAGAUCACAUGUUGAGCUGGAGCCCCCUUAUUCUCCAGCCUUUUUCAAAAGACUGUAAUGAAAAGACAGAAGGGAUUUCAAAUGGCGUUACGUUGGACGGUUUGGGGAGUCUUCGACAGCUCCAAGUACAAGAGACUUAAGGAACUGACCUCCUUCCCCUCCCCACUUAAAGCCAGUAACUGCACAGCAGAGUCGCUGAAAGAGACUUACAACAGGAUGUUAAUUAUAAAAAAUGCUAUUUAUUUUUUGGUGUAGUGUCCUAUGAAUGUAUGUUUUUAAGAAAGCCUUUUGCCUUUUCAUUUUAUUUAUGUCUUGAGAAAUUCCUUCCCAUCCCUCCCAGCACAACACCAUUGUGACUAUCUGAAGGUAUGUUGUCAUUACAGGAAACAUACUAAAAUGUUUUCCACGGACAUUGGAAGAAUACAGCUUCAUUAUAGUGCAAACAUUUAGGUGAAGUAACUUAUUGGAUUGGUUCAGAUCCAAGUUGAUCUUCGGUUUAUAAUUUACAAUUUGGUGAUAUAACUCCACAGGAUGGUUCAGUGCAAAUGAAAACAGAAUGAACUGUUGGCUAUGGAAAUUUAAAUUGUUACAGCAUAUUAAUGAACUGUUGCCACCUAACUCUAAACACCCUAAUGUGGAAAAACAUGGAACUUGCAAUGGAAGUCUGGUUCUCAGUCAGUGCUAGCGAAUACUUGUUGGAAAAUGGCAGGACUGAAGAGAGGCUCAUUUAAGUGAAUGUAGUAGUUGAGGUGUGGAGUUCUUGCCAUACUCGUUCCAGAUAGUGAAAGGACAACAUGGGCAACAAUUAAUGGUUGGCAGACACAUAUGUAACCCUUACUGCUGGGUGGAAGAGUUGAGCAUGGGUAUUUUGCACCGGCGCCCCUUGUUGCCAUUCUAAAGUGUUUUGAUUUGUUUCCUGAUGUUCCUGUUAUGUGUCCUGUGCAUCAAGGAGAAUGUACAGGGCACAUUUUCUACUUGGGUUAGGUGAGCUUUUUUGAAAGGCUUUGUAGGAUGCUUGGGUUAAAAAAAGCAAGGGGAGAAUUUGAUGUCAGUGAUUUAGGAAAGCAAUCAAAAUUGUUCUGGAUUGAAAAUGGCUCCCUCCUAUCUCCCCACCCCCACCCCCUCAAAUGUGUGUUUCUGGCGUUUGCUUUAAGGGUAAAUAAGUUCAUACACGGUCCACAUUAAGGAAAUAGAGAGGUAAACACCAGGAGGGAAAUGGCCAGAAUGGAGGAAGUUCAGAAUAGUUGUCCUGGUUAAUCCGCAGUUAGAACCUUUAUAACUAGUCACUUUCACAAGAUGGAGCAGUAUUGAGAGAGGUUUGGGGACAAAAGUGCUAGUUGUUGGUAGUUAAGUUUAGCAACACAUUCUAUGAAAUAGGUCGUACAAACUCACCCUUUGCCAGAAGUUGGUCCAGAAAAGGGUUCUGCUUUGGCUGCUUUAUAAAUACACUGGAGCAUUACACAAUCAAGCUUAGAAUGUAAGGCCUCUAGAACAUUUUGUUCAUUUGGUUUAGGCACCAGCUUCAGACUCAAGUCCUUUGCCUUACACCUUCCCAGGGUUGCCAACUUGAAUAAAAUAUUGGGGGGGGGGAGCUUCCCAAAAAUUGUCAUGAUUAUUCUGUGUAUCUUCAUGGAACUUGGAUAAUAGGUGUAAAAGCAGGGCAGUCAGGGUUGGGGGUGAUGCAGAAUGUUUAACACCCUUGUUUCACUUCUUUUGGAGUACAAAAUAGCGGCUUCGCCCCACAGCGCCCAACACUAUUCAAUGGUUGUGUCAGACUUGCAGCCAAGUUGUACAACACCUGUAUAUGUAUCUUUAAGAAAGGUGCCUGUGCUUCAGAAAUAGCUGAGGGCACAAUGUGGACGUCACAAGGCUAGCUGCAUAUUUCCACCUUCUCCCAGUUUUAACCAGCACAAAUAAAACAAACUUACACUUGUAAAAGAGCUCCACGAAUUGGAGGCACGUAACACUAUAUUUGCAGUCGCCCCGCGGCAAUAUGAAUUCAUUUUCCUAGCUAGAUCCAGGAACUAGAAACGCCCAUUUGAAGAAGGGGUGAGGGGGGGAAUAGAGGAAAGGCCAAAUAUACUGAAUAGUAAUUGCAAGCCCCUUACAGAAGAGCAGAGGUGCUCAUAGGUGCAAUGUACCAUACUGAGUAACAUUUGUGUGUUUUGUGAGUGUGUGUGUGUGCGCGCGAUAAAAACAAGCUUUGUAUUUUUAUAUCUGUUGCAGCAAUUGUCAAAUGCUGUGUGUGUAUAUAGUGUGCGAUUAUUUUAUAUAAUAUAUUAUGUAUAUUAUAUAAUUUUAUAAAUAAGGCUCCCUAAUGAGAAUUUGCAGUGCUUAUUUGGGUUACUGUGCAAGGACCUCUUUCUUUGUAGGAAAUUAGAACAAGAUUCAAUUUAUAAUUAGGCCCACAGAACAUCUCUGCUGCUCAUCUCCAAACUAAACUAACGGCUGGAGACUUCCGAGAAAUUACUUUUCAAAGCCUUAGAGGGGGAGUGACAACUAGUAAACGAAUGUGACCUGGUGGAAGCAAAGUCCCAGCUGGUUUGGAGACAAUUAUUAUAUAUGCCUUUUCAAAAAGCAAGAAUGUCAGAGUACCUUUGAUGUGGGAAUUUAAGGGAUUCUGGCACCUUCUCUGUCAUACGAGGCCACUUCAGUUCAAAAGAGUCCAGGCAGGUAACAUGAGCCUUUCGAUGUGGAACUGAGAAAGUCAUACUUGGAGGCUGGGAAAGAGUUUGUAAUCUGUUGUAGUAGAAUCUCAUCAAGGACUGCUUUAUUUAUAUUGUGUGACACUGUUUUAAGUGUUUUUCCUUUUUAUUGUAUUUUAUUUAUAAAAGUUAUAUAUUGCCUUUAUAUUUUAGGGGGAUUGUGAGUUUUCCCUCAAUCAUAGGUGUGUAAUUAUGAACCUUGCAAAGCAUAGACAAGUGGCCAAGUUUCUCUGAUCCACCUGCUCAUUCAGUUCCAUAUUAGAUUCUGACUAAUGACUUCUGGCCAGGAAACCUAAGAAAAUCUUGUUUUUGCAUGUACUGAUGGAUAAUAAUGUGCCUUCUUACUUGGUAUCCACUUAAGCUGUCACUGCCUUUUCAAAUUCAUUAAGCACAAUAAAUUUGUGGGACUUUUUAAUGGCUCACAAAGCACUUUCAUGAGACUUACAGCAUCUUGUUUAAAAACUUUAGAAUGCUAGCUUCUCAAUGUUUCCAGUCCUCAUGUCUUCACAGAGCUUUGGAACCAAAUAAGCAAGUAGAAGUCUAAACUCCACAUUCAUUCUCAUGCUUUUAGUGUUUAGUAUAUUUUCCCUGAAUAUUUCUCAUAUACAAAAUUCAUGAUCAGAAUAUAUUACUGCCGCAGACAAAAUGCUGCAUGUCUGCCAUCAGUAGUUUGGCAUCUGACACGUGUCCUCAUGGAAAGAUGCAGAUUAUGUUAAAUCAGAAACAAAAUGCACAAUUUUGGCUUGCGGUAGGUUAGAUGUUCUCCUUUUGUUCAUCCUUAAGGUCUCUGACUCAUUAGAAGGGCUUCUGACUAUUUUAAAAUGGCAAGAACUGAUGCAGCAAUAUAUUAUUAUACCACAGCUAUCCAUGUUAUGCAUGGCACUAGCAAGUCUGUAAGUCCAAGCACAAAAUUGGCAAAUAUGUCCCACUGAAAUCUGUCGUCCUUACUUCAAUAUAAGGAGCCAGUGCUGGGAAACCACUUCAGCUUUGACAAGUUUUUUUUGAACAACUUUCUUGAUGGCAUAUGUCCUGCCUAUGGAACUGAAGUGUUUCCCAACCUGGUGCCCUCUGUAUGUUGCUGGAUUACAAUUUCCGUAAUCCCGAAACAUUGGUCAUACUGGCUAGAGCUGAUGGAGUCCCACAACUUCUUAAGGGUACCAGGUUAAGGGAUACUGGUCUUCAUUAUAAAAGGUCUGAUCCCCCUCCAAUCUCUUAAAAGCAACUUGGUUAAAUAAAGUAUUGCUGUCUAAGCAGCAAGCGUUCUAAUAUUUGUAAUUCUUGUUCUUUUGCAAAUAAAUGGUUUUAAAGAUGCAUGUCUUUUGUAUCAUAUAGAAAAAAAUACACUAUAUUUUCCUUUAAAAGUUGUAAUAUUCUUUUUUAAAAAAGAAAAUUGUACAUAUGUUUAAAUGAUGUAGGUUUGGGCAGGAUUUUCCUUGUUUUUAAUAUUAAAGAGAAUGCUGCUGCUUUGGUGUAAUAGUUACAA